AAUAAGCUGGUGAAGAAUCUAAUCCCAUCUUAGAAUCCAAUCCGUUAAAGCAGUUAGAGGCUUCUAUUAACUCUCGCUUAUCUAUAUCGCUCUAUCCAAAACUCAACACAAAAACACUUUCUUUCUUCUCCUUCCCUUCGCUGUCUGAAUCCUCCAUCAUGGCCCUCUCAACUCCACACAUGCAAACAUUCCUCUCCUGCAAGAUCCAUAGUCGCUCCACCUCUAAGACCACCCAGAGAAAUACUUUCAGCACCUCCAGCAGGGGCCGCUGCUGCUCUGCCAUAGCCAUUGAUGCUCCGUCUUCUUUAACUGAGGUGCCCGGUGUACGAUGGGGGUCCAUAGCCUUGCAAGGUCUCCGCGAAGAGAUGGAGGAUGACAUCAUUGUUCGACCCGAUGGCCUUCAGGGCUUCUCUUUCGCCGCUGUCUUCGAUGGCCAUGGAGGGUUUUCUUCUGUCGAGUUCCUCAGUGCUAACUACAGGGAUGAGCUGUACAAGGAGUGUGUUGAAGCUUUACAAGGUGGAUUACUAUUAGUGAAGAAAGAUUUCAAAGCCAUUAAAGAAGCAUUGCAGGAGGCAUUUCUCAAGGCAGACACGAGGUUAUUAAAACGGCUUGAAAUGAAUGGAGAGGAGGAUGAAUCAGGUGCCACAGCAACUGCCAUUUUCGUCGGAGAUGAUGAGCUUCUAAUUUCACAUAUCGGUGAUUCUUCUGCGGUUCUAUGCAGAUCUGGAAAAGCAGAAGUUCUGACUAGUCCUCACCGUCCAUAUGGGAGCAAAAAAACUUCUCUUGAUGAAAUUAGAAGAAUAAGAGAAGCAGGUGGAUGGAUUAGCAACGGUAGAAUUUGUGGAGACAUUGCUGUAUCUCGUGCAUUUGGGGACUUGCGAUUCAAAACCAAGAAGAAUGAGAUGCUGCAAAAAGGAGUUCAGGAAGGAAAAUGGUCAGCAAAGUUCAUCUCUCGUGUACAGCUCAACAAUGACUUGGUUGUAGCGUACCCUGAUAUUUAUCAGGUAGCUCUUGGCUCAGAUGCAGAAUUUGUAGUAUUAGCAACCGAUGGCUUAUGGGAUUACAUGAGCAGCUCAGAAGCAGUUUCUUUAGUUAGGGAUCAACUACGAAAACAUGGAAACAUUCAGCUAGCAUGUGAAUCGCUUGCAGAAGCCGCUUUGGACCGACGUACACAGGAUAAUGUCAGCAUUAUAAUUGCAGAUUUAGGGAGGACAGACUGGCAGAAUGUGCCACUGGAGCAAAAAAAUACUAUAGUUGAGCUGGUUCAAGCUCUUGCUACCAUUGGAAUUGUGUCUUUUGGAAUCUGGUUUUCAUCACAGUUUUCUUUAUAGAUGAAAAAAAUACAAACCAGUCAUGUACAUAUAACAGACUUAUAUAUACUUCUGAACUUAUUGCCUGCAUAA